AUGUUGAGGGCGGAGCAGGAUGGGGCGGAUGUGAUCAACUUCAGUAUCAGCUCGGACCCGGGAUGGUCGGGCUCGGCAUUGGGGGUAGCGGCGGCCAAGCUGGCAAAGAAGGGUAUUCAGUGUGUAUGGGCAAGUGGCAAUGCUGGUCUCAACGGCAUGUUCUACGCCGAUAGUGACGGUACGGACCCUUCGGUACUCUCCGCCGGCUCGGUCGACAGCGCGGGCGACCAUCUCGCCCAGAUGUCCCUCUCAACCUCAGACGGCUCGUCCUUCCGGGUCACCACUAGCCGCUUCUUCCCCUUCCCUUCAUCCCUCGGCCCUAACAGCGUCUACUUCACCACGGAUCCUCUCUGCUCCGGCCUUCCGGCAGACGCACCCUCCAAUCUCCACGACUACAUCGUCGUUUGCCCUCGCGGGACCUGCGCCUUCUCGGUCAAGUCAGCCACAGCUACCGCUGCCGGCGCCGCAGCGAUCUUCUUUGUCAAUAAUGUUGAUGGGCUCAAUCAGCCAUCGGGCGUCAACGAUCUCCCGUACGGCGCCAUCAGUCAUUCGGACGGGAAGCGCCUUGAAGACGGAACGGCCAGCGGGAUCUCCUAUACCGCUACUUUCCCCCAGGAGCUCGCAUAUGUGCCUCGACCAUCGGCGGGGCGCCUCACGGACUUCUCGGCGACCGGUCCGACGUACGACAUGUACUACACCACCAAGCUCACUGCUCCCGGCUACAAUGUCCUCGCGCCGUACCCAGACAAUCGGUGGACGGUGACGAGCGGUACCUCUUUCUCUUCCCCUCUGACCGCCGGCUCGGUCGCUCUCUUCCUCAAAGCGCAGGCGGACAGGGGAGAGAAGCGGGAUCUGCAGGCCAUGCGGGACGCGCUAUUCGCGACGGCCUCGGCGGUCCCGUAUGGCUCGGAAGGGAAGAAUGAGUCGGCAGCGGGAGUCGGAGCGGGGAUGCUGCAGGUCAACAACGCGAUUAAUGCGGGAACGAAGGUGACCCCUUCGAUGAUCACUUUGAACGACACGGAGCAUUUCCAGGGGACAAAGUAUGUCGUCAUCAGCAACACCGGUUCCACUACCAACACGUACGAGCUGUCCCAUCAGCCCUCGGUUUUGAUGUAUGGCCUGGACAGCACCAGGAACAAGAUGGCAGACUACCCCGGGCUCGAGCACGACGCCUCCCCCUCUGGCGCCGCCACUGUCAAAUUCUCUCGGUCCUCGUUCACCCUCCCUCCCGGUCAAGCUACCAUCCUCCUCCUCUCCUUCGCGCCUCCCACCGGUGUCGACGACUCCCGCCUCCCCGUCUUCUCGGGCCAGAUCAGCAUUACUGGCGGUCCCGUCCCGCUCAAAAUCACCUAUAUGGGCGCCGCGACCAAGAUGCGGGAUCUCAAGAUGAUCUCCAAUCGCCCUACCGCCUUCAACACCGCCUCGCCCGCCCUGCUCCAGGGUGUCUACGCCAGUCCGGCUCGAGAAGGCCAAGUGUUCAAAUUCUCGGCGACGAGCAACACGCGGGAUUUCCCGUCCAUCAUGUUCAAUCUCUUGACGGGGACGAGGGCGAUGGUGAUGGAUCUGGUGGCGGCGGAUGCCAAUCUGGGAUUCCAGCCGACGUUCACGAAGCGGGACGCCGAGGAAGGGGAGGAGCAGACGGCUGAGGCGGAGGAGGAAGAGGAAUCGCUAGAGGAUGACUUGGUAACAUCGCCGUUCAUCGAAAUCGGUUCCGACAUGGCCGGCUCGUCCUCGGAUCUUCUCCUUACUCCGCACAACGACCUCGCUCGCAGAUCAGCUCGCCGAUCCCGUCACUCUGCUCGCGCAUCCGCCAACACCCAGGAGAAGCUGCGGGCCGCUCUCAAGCUUUGGUGUCAGUAUACCAACUUCCAAGGGAGGGGAUGUACCGCCAAGCCCGCUGCGAACACCAAUACGUUCAAGCAGGUCCCUAUCAAGGGCAACAUCUUCACUUGGUCAGAUGUAUCAAGAAACACAAACAAUAUCGAUGGCUCCGACUUGUCAAAGUCCUAUACCUACGUCCGCCUCAUCGCGCCUCAGUACAACGAUGGGAGCAGGAUACCGAACGGAAACUACAAGUUCCUGCUGAGGGUCUUGCGGGUUAAUGGGAACCCGGCUCUGCAGUCGGACUAUGACAGCUGGGCGUCGCCCUCGUUCCGUAUCGGUGUGGGGGAGUGA